AUGAAGAAAAGUGGUAUUCCUCUUUUGUUGAGUAUCAUCUUCCUGACUCUGCUUGGCGGUCAAGGAACCCUAAUAAUGAGGAAUAGACGCUGUUUCUGCAUCAACACCAGCCAAGGGACAAUCCACCUAAAAUCCUUAAAGGACCUUAAACAAUUUGCCCCAAGCCCUUCUUGUGAGAAAACUGAAAUCAUUGUGACAAUGAAGAAUGGGGAUCAAACGUGUCUAAACCCAGAUUCAGCAGAUGUGAAAGAAUUGAUUAAAGAGUGGGAGAAACAGGUGAGCCAAAAGAAAAAGCAAAAAAAAGGGAAAAAAAAUCAAAAAAGCAGGAAAAUUUUUAAAGUUAAAAAAUCUCAGCAUCCUCAUCAAAAGAAGACCAGAUGA